AUGCGCUUCCGAAACUCUGGUGGAUAUGUACCUGAGCCACCGGCGUCGGAAUUCGAACGGUCCUCCACAAACGUUUCUGACCGAUCGGCCCAAAUUUCACUCGGCAUGGAACAACAAGACAUUGCCGUGGCACAGAAUGGUCCUGGAGAGGAAUCCGCUAUCAUGGCUCCUGCGGCGGCGGUGGCGGCCACCGCAGUUCCAGUCCCCGCGGAUCCGGCGACUCUACGCCUCGACACUCUCGACUAUCCUGAUUUCCUGCCGCUUGGAGAGCUCGACUCUGGCCACCAUGUUAUUUUCGAUGCAUCAGACGGUGCACAAGCUCUUGCCGAAGAUCUGGAUUGGCUCUUCGGCAAUGUCCCGGUCGCGGACGAAUUGAACAACACAGGACCUGCUUGGGACAUGGCCGUUCCACAAGACCUUUCCUCCGCCUCGCCUAUCAGUACUGUAUCUCAGCAACAAAGUACCGACACAUCCUCACACACCAGCAAUCCUUGGUUACAUCUCCGUACCAGACUUUUGGAAGCUCUACACACCUUACCCCGAGACGUUCUGGAAGACACCUUCUUCGACCCGGUGAACCUCAGUUCUUUCUUUCACAUCUACUUCUCAAACUACAAUGCCCACUUCCCCAUCCUGCACCAAGCAUCGUUUGCACUGAAGGAGGCAUCACCUCUGCUGCUCGUGGCGAUCCUCACGCUGGGGGCCACCUUGUCCCCGGACUCUUCCCACUACCGGACAGCAGAGAGAAUCCACGAGGACCUGAGAUGGCUCAUUUUCAGCUCAGGUGGGUUCCAGCCGCCGGCACCAUUAUGGUGUCUCCAAGCGCUUCUUUUGGUUCAAGCGUAUGAGAAGAUGUUUUCCACACGAAAGCAUCAUGAGAUGGCGCAUAUCUUUCAUGGUGCCGUCAUCACGUUAAUGAGACGAGGCGGAUCCUACUCGUCAGGUUGGACAGACGACUCCAGCCGUGCUUCCUCGGCGGACCGAGCAUGGCACAUGUGGAUCGAGCAAGAAUCCUUCAAGCGCGUUGCAUACUUUGCCUUUAUCAUGGACGCCCAGCAUUCAUCCAUUUUUGGGCACAUGCCGGCUCUCUCCGUCAGCGACGUCCGCCUCCCACUGCCUUGUGCGGACGAGGUCUGGGACAGCUCAACCCCGGCACGCUGGAAAAAGGCUGUCCACAAAGCUGCCGAACCGGUCCAGUUCCUGCCCACCCUACGGUCUCUCUUGUCACGUCGACCCAUUCCAUCCACGUGCAGUCCAUUUUCCCGGUUCGUUUUACUUCACGGCCUGUUCAAUGUCACAAAACAUAUGCAGGGCCGCGACCUGAUGGCCUCCGACAUUGAGACGGGCAGGAUGUCCUCGGAGCAUGGCGGGGUUGGGUCGUCAACCCCAUCAUCUAUGAUUGGCGACGACAACUGGAAAGAGAUCCUCGACCGCGCCAUCGACACAUGGUCGUUCUCACUCCUAUCCCAAGACCCUUCGUUGUGUCUAGAGGCCGCGCGGCCGUUGCAUCGUAUGGCUCAUGUCACGAUCUACGUCAACCUGAUCGACUUCCACACCUUUGCCGGAGCGCCAUCACUCACGAGCAGCAGUACUACGAGAAACGAGCACACCAAGGCCAAGCGACGGAUACAGGCCUGGUGCGAGAACCCCACCGCCAAACGAACCCUGUCACAUUGCAUCCUCCUCAUCCAAGAGACUAUGUUCACUCGCCGACGGUACCGAGCGUCAGAAGACAACAUUGCCUUGCGCCCGUGGUGUUUGUAUCAUGCCACGCUCAUUCUUUGGGCCUUUGGCAUCCUCACGGAGGGGAAAUCGGCCGAUCGCAUCAGCGCCGAAGAGUACUUGGUUCACAUGCUCAGCGGGCUCAUGGACCAACAUGGUCGGCUGAAGGGCACGAAUCGCACUCUUGGGCUUUUAUCUGUUGUCAAAGAAUCUCUCUCGAAUUGCCGAUGGGAAUUGCUGCAAGAGGCAUGCACGACACUUGGGAAACUCACAGACGUCUUGUCAACAUGA